CCUUUUAUCUCAUUCCCUUCUGCUGUUUGGGGACUCAGUAAGGACUUAAUGCGUCUGGACUACAGGGUCGAAAUGUUAUAACGUUCGUGCUUUCCUCAGUUUGCUGUCAGAUUCUUAGCUCUCCCUCUAAAAUGUAGGGUGACUCAGGCAGGAGACAUAGAUGUUCUCGUUAAAAGGAGAAACUAACGCUGCUAUUCCCGCGACAUCAUCAUCCCACACUAGUGGAGCUCCACGGUGCGCGAUGUGAUGCUCAGUCCUGCACAGUAGCAGCUACAGGAGGCGUGCUCAUCCCUGCCACAGGAGCACAGGAGCACGGGAGGAGGAGGACUACAGGAGCGGCCAGCGGGUUUUUCCCGGGCACCGGACACACCGUGAAACAGGGCGCUUUUUCAGGGGUGCUGUGCCCCCGCCUCCCACUCUCCCUAGCGAUGGCAUCCACGGAUCGAUCAACGGGAGCGCCUUGAAGCUCUGAGUGAUGCAAUCUCUGUUUGGAGGCGGAGGGGAGCUGGGGCUGCUCGGUGGAGGCGGCGACUCAGGAGGCCUGAAGGAGGAUGGCUGCGGCAGCGUGGCGUGGCGGUCUUCGCCGCUGCCCCAUGAUGAAGUCUACUCAACCUCCCACUUCGCCCUUAUCAGCGCCUAUCAGGACAUCAAGACCAGGCUGGCCUGCCUGGAGCGGGAGAACACCAGUAUCAAGAGGAAGCUGAAGAUCUAUGAGAUCAAGUUCCCCAUGAUCAACGAGUUUGGUGAGGACACUAACUCCUACUGCUCAUUUGAGAGCAAAGAGACGGCGAUGCUGCACUCAGAAAACGGCAGCCUGCAGCAGAGAGUCAACGCCCUGACCCACGAGCUCCAGAAGAGAAAGGAGCGAGAGGAACAGCUGGAGGAUGUGAUCAAGGCUUACGAGAAGAUUCACAUGGAGAAGAACAACCUCCAGAGGGAUCUCGACAAGAUGACUAGUUUGGUGGAGAAACACGUCGAGCGGAUCCUGAGCCUGGAGUCAGCUCUGAGGCAGAGGGACAACUCCCUGCAGAAACUCAACAUGCAGCUGCACAGCAAAGACAUGCAGUAUCUGCAGCUCCAUGCUGGCCCAGAUGCACACAUGCUUGACUGCCCAGCGUUGACCCUUCAGAGCUCCCGUAGCCUUGACGCCCUGUCCGACCUUAAGCUGCAGCGCCUUGAGGCCGAGCUAGAAGGGGCGCGGCACGAAGCCCAGGGGGCGUGUCAGCGGGAGGAGGAGCUGAAGGCAGAGUGCGAAAGACUAAAGGACGAGAUGAGACAGCUGCAGAACAGCCAGAGGGAAAUGACUUCUCCGUGCAAGCAGUGUGAUGUGGAGUGGAUAAAGAAGGUGGGAGAUGAGCAGGUGAAUUUGGCUCUGGCGUACACAGAGUUAACGGAGGAGCUGGGACGCCUCCGUGCACUGAGCUCCAAGCAGAUGGAGAUCCUGAGGAAAGCCACGCAGGAGCAGGCUAGUCCAGGCCUUAAAAUCCAGCUUCACUCUCCCAUACACCACCAGCGCCACUCUCCAGUAUCGCAGCGCCACUCGCCCAUUCCACAGCGCCAUUCUCCAGUCCCGCCUCCGCCGCAUCACUCUCCUAUUCAGCAGCGACGCUCUCCGGUGCUGCAGCGCCUCUCCCCGGACAUGCACCGCCGCUCACCCCUGCUGGACGUGAACGAUGGACCAGCCUCUUACUCCUGCCGACCACCCAGCCAGCACCUACGAGCCAGCUUUCAGGGUCGUCGUAGUUACUCAGAGGUUGCCGAUCCCUCAGCUUACCAGUGCCCGCCCCGCUUCUCUCUGGACCCAGUUUCCACCCUGCCGAAACCUCGGCCCUACGUUGAGAGCUACGCAAAACAGCAGUCCCAACACAUAGGCUCUCCCCACAGUAGACUGCAGCACAGAGGAUCCCCAUCUCCCCAUCAAGGUGGCGCAGGGGGAGACGGAGGCCACGACGAGAGCUCCAUGCGCCACUCCAGAGAGAUGCCAUUUCCACUGUCAGAGGUGGCCCACCUUCACUUUGAGCCCCCUCCUCCUUCUACACCAGCCCCUCAACCACCACAAUCCUCAGAGGAUGAGGAGGAGUGGACCUGUCCGCAUCCCAUCAGCCCCCCGAGGACACUGGGCGUGCUCUCUGCUGCAGUGCCCAGCGGUGUCAUGAGGGGCCCAGCGUCCUGCUCAGCCUUUCCUGUCCCUCAGAGGUCUAACACCCUCACCUGUCACCCGCAGCCGGGGUACAUGUCAGCAGAGCAUGCUCAGUCCUGGCCUUCGAUCAAUCUCUGGAUGGAGACCGAGGAGAGUGACAUGAGGAGCUGCCCUCUCUGCCAGCUGAUAUUCCCGGUCGGUUACCCUGACGAUGCCCUCAUCAAGCACAUCGACUCCCACCUGGAGAACAGCAAGAUAUGAUUGUCAUGGCAACCAGCCCGCGCACAUCUGCGCUCUCUUCUUAUAGAUUAUGUAAGAGAUUAGCAGACCUGGCUAGAGGGGAAGUCAAAUGUACACAAACAGGCCAUCCAUUUAGGGUGUGAACCAGUUAGCUGCUGUAUGUGUGAUGCUAUAGGUAGAGAUGCAAAGUGGCGCAGAGGUUUAUUUUAUUUUGGAGGAAUUUAAAAAUAGGUCUACAUGCAGAGUCCCUUACUGAUUGCCCUUAAGACAGAUCUGCGUGUAUAAUCACUGGUUCUGGUUGCUGCUAUUUGUUUAAAAGUCUUGUUGUGCAGUGUUCAGGCAAUUUAGGGUAUUGUGUUGUCUUUAUUUUAAAUUAUUAUUAUUCUUUUUUCUUUUUCUGCUAAAGUGUGGAUUUGAUUUAGCAAAGUAAAUUGUGAGAGGCACACUGGCAGGUUCAGGGGCUCUGCAUGCCAAAAUGUUUGUCCAACAGUAAAAGUUCAGGGAGCUAUGGCGCAACUAUUCUCACCACUUAGCUUUAAAUAUUCCUGCUUGGAAAUUUUCUAUCUCGCACAGACACACACGUACACACACAGACGCGCACUGCAGUUUAUUUUACAGAGGACCCUGCGCAGUAAGUGCCAAGGACAAUGCCCUGGUAGAAGCUGGUCUAAUGAGACGAUCAGACAGCCAUACGAAAGCAUGCGGGGAAAGUCAUUUUAAGUUUCUGACACCGAAGGAAGGAAAUGCCAGUUUCACUUCUCUGAAACAAGGAAGUAUAGCAGUUAAGAAAGUAUAAAACAUUCCAGUCUUUCAUUUCAUCUGCUGACAAAAAACUGACAAACUGGAGAACAUGAAUCUGAAAGGAUGUCUGAGUGAGCCAGAAAGCUGCAAAUUUUCUGUUUUGAUAUUGCCCCGCAGGGCGGGGCACCGAUGUACUUUAAGAGGAGGGAAAUUUUAGUCAGUAUAUACCUUUUAUGCUUGCAGCCUGUUCAAAUCGUAUCUUAGCCCUUUCAGUUAGCAUAGUCUAUACAAUGUAUCAGUUUUCAGUCCCUAUAUAUAUUUUCAAUAUGUAAUUUACUAUUUAUAUUGUCUAUCUGUAAGGCAAAAAAUAUGAAGUUAUAUUUUUGCAAAUGUCAACGCACCACAUGUCUCAUGCUGGUGAAAAAAAUCUUUCCCAUGUGCUUACAUGCUGCUACAUACAGCAGACUCAAAGCUCAAAAUCCCACCGAAUGGGAUCCUUUCUGUACAAAGAUUAUCAACUGGGAUUCUUCUCAGUCUUCCUCGAGAUCUGACCUUCGUAAAAGAUUGAUGUCACGACUGCCCAGACCACCCAACAAAAAACUAAAACACACAGCUGGUUGCAUGAGAUCAAGACAUCUGACCUGCUUUGAAGAAAGAGUGGCAGGCUUUUUAGUGUACUAUUUUUACUGUCUCAGAGAUCUGACAUCAGAAACACCAUCGCCAAUCAGCAAAGUUAUCUCUCCAGGGUUUAAGCAAAGACGAGACUCUUCUUUUGAUACAUGUCUUUAAUUUUUACCACAAGGGAACUCAAGAUCUCCUUGUGGGACCUGAACUUUUUGAACACAAAAAGUGAAAACAAAAACAAAAACAAAAAAAAACACAGUUACACUGAUGUCAGCUAAUCCGAGGCUUUCAGUUACAUGUGCAGUUUCUAACGUAUGGGGAUGUCCCUACAAAGCCAACCAUGCAUCUCAACCGGUUUGAAGUUACUGAAGAGGUGAACGCGGCACAUUAGAGCACACAGGGCAGUGAUUGUGACCGCAGGAUGAUGAUGGACAUGUACCAUAAUGUGACGCAUCCUUGAGCAAAUCACUGAAUCACUACAAACUCUGGAUGCUUUGAGUUUCCUGUGAAUGUUUAGAGGAAAGAGUUUUCCGAAUGGAUUGAAGAAAUACCAGUUUAAAGGAUAACUCUGGUUUAUUACCACUUACCUCUUAAUUUAGCAGGUUUUAACAUUUAUUAAUUGUUCUGAUGACCCUGCAAUCAUCUGCUUCACUGCUGAGAAUUCAAAAAAUCUUACUAGCCAAUCAAGCUCUCUCAGUUUUCUCGAUAUUGUGAACGCUGGCAUUUUUUAAACAUUGCAUGCGAUAAGCUGACUUCAAUUGAUCACUGAAAUGUAUUUUUAAAAAGUUAGCAAAGGACUCAACAGUAAAGUUCUGAGGCAUUAGCAAGCUAGUUAACUUAUUAGCAUACCACCAGGUUUAAAUUUUUAACAGAUCUGUUUGCACUGCUGAGUUCUGCAAAGCACUAAACUUGUAUAGGAGCAGGUUAUAUUUUAACUGAAGAGGUUAAAUCAAAGGUACUUGCUGGUCGUUGCUCGGUGAAAUUGGUUGCAAAAAGGUACAUAAGGCGCUACACCGAAAACCUCCUCGUGAUUGUCUUGAGUGUAGGAGAUUGCUGUCUUCGUCUACUUUGGAUGGAAGACACAGACUUGUCUGUAAAGCUUUGCCAAGUACUUGGUAAUUGGCAGCAGAACUGAAAACUGUGCAAUGCAAAACAGAGAAUCAGGCUAUUUGCCUUCAAAGUAAAAUUUGCGUCAUUUGAAACGUGUCGGUUUCAGUGGUAAAGUACAGCUUUUACUUUGAAGGCAAACGUUCUCCGUUUCUGUUUUGUGUCAUACUUUUUCAAGUUUCACUACUGCUCAGUGGUUAGUUAGAGAAGUUGGCAUCCUCCAGUGACCACAGCAGUAUAUUAGUGACCAAAGCAAUCACAGGGAGGUUUUUGUUGAAACGCCCUCUUUGUGACCAACUUCCACUGGCUACACUCACUAAUUGAUCUGAGGAUGUAAAUGUUUUAGCUAGUAACUCUAAUCUGCUGGUCACUGUGCUGACAAAUGUGUUCAGCAUUGUAAAAUUAGGAAUUUGAUUCCAAACAUCUUUCAAAUCCAAAUGAAGUGGAUCUGGUGCCUAAGCCUCAGCAACAAGCCAGCAAACCUUAAAAACUGCACCAGAUGAGACUCAGACAUCUACCAGCACACCUUACUUUUGCAUCGGGUGACUCGUGAUGCAGACUUCUUUUGCUGUUUUAAAGUAGGAAUUAUAACUCAGAAAAAGUCACCAUCCACUGCUACCGAUUUAAAAUGCUUAAGUGUUUUAAAUAUAGUACUGAACAUUUUUAUUUAUUGGUUAUUAUUAUUAUUAUUGGCAUUGCAAGAGAGCAGGGCAAGGUUAGAAAGUCAUGACAACAGUCACUCAGCAUUAUCACACCUUUUUCAAAAUGUAUUUAAAUAAAGAAAGCAUGCAUAUAGCAUACAGCUGAAAUCUCCAACAAUGAGUGACGAGCGGCAACACAAGCUGUCGUCUGAGCUCAUCUUUAUCGUCUAAAAGCUUGUCGUAAAUAGGAAUCUGUUACACUGUAACCUUACCUUCCAUUUGACGUGAGUGUGUUACAAGCUGUGGUUCUGUAACUUUGUUACUUUUGAAUUUUCUUGAUCUAAAAUUGAAUGUAAAAAAAUGUCUGAUUUACUUUAAAUGCUCUGUGUUAUUGUGUCGUUUGCAUGAGGUGUUAACAGGGGUCUUUUAGCGGCAAGGUCAUCAUCAUCUUGUGGUUCAAAUGCAUUCCAUGGAUGAUUCAUUUUCUUUCUUUUCUUUUUAAAAUAGGAGCAAGGUAGGGGGUGAAGAGAGCUCUAUUUAACACCUCUGCUAACCAAUUUCCUGGGGGAAACCCUAAAAACUAUUAAGAAUUUCACAAGAAAAUGGUCCGGUUCAGAGAAGUUCAAAAUAAGUGCAUGUAGCAGAUUUCCUUAAUUCUUGCAUAAAAUUGAUGACGGCUUGUGUUUCCUGCCCAGUCUGAUACUUAAGAACAGGGUGGUGAUUACAAACUUAUUGAUGGUAAAAAAAAAUAACUGGAUUAAAAUAAACCAGAAUUGUCCUUUAAAAAUAAAACUGCAUCCUGAGGUUUACAGUAAUUUCAGAGCAGUUCUUGACCAUUAAAUCGAAGAGGGCUUUCAUGACUCCAGAGUAUUCUAUAUACUGUCUGUACAGUUUGUAACUAUAUCACUAUGUGUACAAUAUUUAAAGGUGUGUAUAGACAGAAUUUUUGCAAGUGUGUAAUACUAAUGAAACAUGUACUCUAUUACUCAACAACUUCAAAUUGGAGUGUCUGUAAAUCAGUAUAUACACAUAAUCCUAAUCAACACCACACUAAAUAUGAAUUAUAUGUGAGUUACAUGCCAGUACUACCCUACAACUUUACUCACUACUUACUUUUACUCACUAAGUAGCGGUACUUUCUAUAUUCAAGUGAUAUCCAAAAACACUGUUGCAGCUUUCAGAGAAAAACUUGUGUUUGUCUUAAAGUUUCGGUCCUUACAGAAACUUUUUGACACAAUUUUUUUCCGAUUUGACUGAUAAUUCAGCAACGACACGAGAAUCAAAACAUGCACAACUGUCUGUCUUUGUGGAGGAGGAUGAUGUGAUGUUGCAUCAUAAAGUAUUUGGGCAGCAGUAGAAAACUGCAAACCAGUACAGUAGUACAUGAUAAACUUUAAUGUAAAGGGGACCUAUUAUGCUUAUCCUUUUUUUAAUGAGAUAGUGGAUGUUCAUACAAUGUGUACAAUAUGUUCAUACAUACAAGUACUCCCUUUGAGCCGAAAGCUCAGGCAUUUCAGCAAGGCACCUUUAGUUUUUGAGGGGCAGCCAAUCAACAGAAAGCUGCUUUAAAGUGUGCAGGACAGGAUGUAAUUACAUAGUUUCAGAUAGAAGUCCAGUAUAAAGUGAAUUUUAAUGAAGGGUCAAUCAUGCAAUGUCACUCCAGUAGAGUCCAAAAUAGCAUAUUAUGUCCCCUUUUAGUUAAAACAUGAUUUAUUCACUAAGAUUUGUACUUUUUCUUAUGACUGAGGACCUAUGUUGGCUCAGAACCAAAGAAAAUAAUUUCCUGUCGUUUCAAAAACUGAGGGUUUGCUUGGCAGGUAGUUCAUGUCAUGUAUGGGAAGAUGCUGCACUGUGGUUCAUGCUGUCUUGUGCUCAACCACAAACGUUUUGGCCAGCAGCAGCGGUGCAGAAUGAUCACACCCUGCAUGAGUUCACAAUGCGAUGCACACGGAUGUUCACACAACAACACAUCUGCGCAUGUACGAGCCGCCCCGAGGCCCACCGAGUGAAGUUUAGAAUUGCUGGUCCAGGGUUUUAAAUGUUUAAUUUCUGGUUUUUGUUCCCACCAGCUGCCAUGGUUUAAAAAGUCAAUGUCAAAAGCUAAAAUCAUAGCGCUUUCUUCUUAUUUCUCGUGUUUUAACAGCAAACUGGCUCCUUUGGUUUACUCAGGAGACUAACAAAGACACAGAAAAAAAGAUCAGCUUUGCCAGCGUUAGAUUAAAGAUUAAAUAGAUUUCUUUGUCAUGAAAUCUCAGUCGAAAUUUCUUUCAGAUUUACUCAGGAGACACAUAGCUAGGUCCAACAAAGAGCUGCAGCUGAAAUCAAGUCAGUUUUCUGUUCUCGUGUAGCUCCACUCGCCCAUAAGUAACUAUGUGAGUCAGGUUGUCUAAAUGCGAAACCUUCAUUGCACAUGGAGACCUCGGCACUAAUGAACUCUCCGCAACACUAAUGAGAACUAAUAUUUAUGUGUUUAAGUAAUGUGUGGUGGAGCAACUCUGCUGGCAUUCAACAAGUUUAAUGAACACAAAGAAAACAACCACAGAGUCACACAAAGAGACCGCUUUUCUUUCUCCAUCUGAAUCUCUCUGUUUGUAAAUAUUCGACUAAAUAAACUGAAACUUGCACUGAAA